AUGCCUACAACAUUGCAGUUCGCCAUUUUCUGCCAUGCACUGGCUUUUUUGUUACCACGAUUCGCCUUUACCUCUAAAAUUAUUGAUGAAUGGGGGAACAACACAAUCAAAGAGGUAGUACAUCAUCCACUGGGGUGGAUCAAACUCGGGAGACCUACUCCAGACCAUCUAAUAGCCUUGCAAAUCGGUCUUCCUCAACACAACUUCCCAAAAUUGGAGAAACGUUUAUACGAGGUAAGCGACCCAAAGCAUAGCGAUUAUGGUCAGCAUCUGUCAAGGCAGGAAGUCGAGGCGUUAGUCUCUCCUCAUCCCAGAAGCCUCAGUGCAGUUUCCCGAUGGUUGAAAUCUUUCAAUGUCGAAGAUCAAGACAUCACAUACUCUCCUGCAAAAGAUUGGAUCAAAGUCACCUUACCGGUGCAAACUGUGGAGGAAAUGCUGGACACGACCUACCACGUAUGGGAGCACGUAGCCAGCGGAGAUAAGCUGGUACGGACUACGAGCUACAAGAUACCUGCGCAACUUGAAGCCCAUGUCGACGUCAUCCAGCCAACAACUACGUUUGGUGGAUUACAAUCCCGGAGAUCGACAAUAUUCGCCGUCGAUGAUGCACCUAGAGUGUCAUCGGAAGAAAGUACGCAAAUAGUUGCCGAUGUGGCAUCGAAUAUCACUGUCGACGCCAGCUGUAACCACACUAUAACCAUUCCGUGUCUCCUCAAGCUUUAUAACGCCGAUAGAUAUGUUCCUUCACAUAAUUUGAACAACUCGAUUGCGGUCGCUGGUUACCUAGAAGAAUUUGCGAACUUGAUGGACCUACAAUCAUUUUAUGCUGAGCAACGUCCUGAAGCUCUCAACUCAUCUUUCACAUUUAUUUCUGUAGCUGGAGGACUCAACGACCAAACUUCAUGGAAAGCAGGCUCUGAGUCCAAUCUCGACGUUCAAUUCGCUUUUGGGAUUUCAUACCCCAUUCCAGCCACAUUUUAUUCAACUGCUGGGAGACCUCCUUUCCUCGCUGACGCCAAAACCACGAUCAAUACCAAUGAACCAUAUGGCGACUGGCUUGAUUUUGUUCUGAAACAAGAUAAUCUCCCGUUGACUAUAUCCACUAGUUAUGGAGAUGAUGAACAAACAGUUCCCGAGAGUUAUGCCAGACGGAUCUGUGCCCAAUUUGCUCAGUUGGGUGCGCGCGGUGUGUCGUUGUUGUUCUCUUCAGGGGACACUGGGGUAGGGGAUGGGGUUUGGAACCCCCAUAGUACUUCCACAUGUAUCUCAAACGACGGCAAAAACACAACCAAAUUUUUGCCCUCGUUCCCAGCGAGCGUUACAGCUGUUGGAGGCACGUCAUACAUUCCCGAAGUUGCUGUAUCUACCUGGUACUCUGGUGGUGGCUUCAGUGAUUAUUUUGAGAGACCACCGUACCAAGACGAAGUCGUCUCAAAAUAUCUAUCGAGUCUCCCGAAUGGAACAUAUCAGGGGCUUUAUAAUCCGAAAGGACGGGCAUAUCCCGAUGUUUCUGCUCAAUCAGAUAAUUUUCGCUCGUUUCAAUUUGGACGUCCACAUAUGAUUGGAGGCACCUCUGCAGCUACACCAGUAGUCGCCGGAAUCGUAGCGAUGCUGAAUGACGCUCGCCUGGGGGCUGGGCUGAGUCCCUUAGGGUUUUUAAAUCCUAUGAUAUAUUCUCGCGGUGCAGCUGGAUUCAAUGAUAUUACGGUUGGGCAUAACUCUGGAUGUUUGACAUCUGGGUUUAAUGCUACUGAGGGCUGGGAUCCAGUUACUGGUUUCGGUACACCCAACUUCGAAAAACUCAAGGAUAUUGUAACUUCAUUCUGA